AUGGCGACUUUUGGUUGGAGUUAUAAAAGCAAUAUUUCUGGUGUAAAAAGACCCAAGGAAAUACACAGAAAGAUCGAGGAUUGGCAGAAAGAUAGGGAGGAUGUCAAGAUACCAUUACAUAGACAAACGCACUCAUCUGAGUCAGUCAAUGCUGGAAUGAAGAGAAGACGAUAUAAUCCUAAAGCCAAGAUAUUUAUAGGGAGCCUAAAUAAAGAUACAAAGCCCAUCACACUAGCAGAAUAUUUCUCUUUCUUUGGCGAGAUUUCUUACAUGAAGAUAAUCAAAGACAAAGAGACAAAAGUUUCAAGAGGUUUUGCUUUCAUAACAUUCGUGGAGGUUGAAGAUGCUGAAAAGGCAGUAAGAUGGUGCAGAGGCAAUCACCCAAGGGUUGAUGGCAAGGAAAUUAGAGUUGGAUUUGCUGAAAGAAGAUUUGGUCCAGUGGACAAAAGGCCUUCAGAAUUGAUCGGUGGUAUUAAAGUACCCUCAGAAAGAAGAGACACUCAUACUUUGUACUGGGAAUAUAAAUGGACACUGGGCCCUGAAUCAGAGGUAUAUGGACCAUAUGAAACUGGAUUAAUGCUUCAAUGGUGUAAAAUGGGAUAUUUCACAUCUGGUUGCUGGGUCCGUCAGGUUCAUCAUGUAAAUUCUGGUCAAGAAAAAAAGACACAGGGUUCCGAAUGUUCUGACAAAAGCGAAAAGAUAUUCUCCUCUCUUGUGGAUUCAUACUCAAGUUCAUCUGAAGAUGAAGAAACUCCAAAGAAGCGAACAAAAACUGAUUCAACAAGAGAAAAUCCUACCAACUUAACUGAAAAUGAUGAAACAUCAGGAAAUAAUGAAAGGAAAGAUGAAGAUUCAAUAUCAAAUGACAACAAACUUGAACAAAAAUCAGAAUUACAAAAAGAAGAAAAAGAAACUGAAAGUGUAUUAGAAUUUGACAAGGACAAAAAUUUAUCCAAAGAUAAAGAUGUUGAGUCAGAUGUCAGCACAGAAGAGGUUUUACAUUCAUAUUACCAGAAGGAUGAAGAUGGUUACAAAACUAGUGAUAUUUUUGGCCGGGACUCGAGCUCAGAGGACGAAGAUUAUGACUUUUCAGAUGAGCAAUUCAUGGAAAAUGAUUUUGUUCACAUUAAUGACAUCGACUUUUCUAUUUUCCCAUAACUUGAAGUUGAACAACUUUAAUGAUGAAGUAAAAAAGAAGUAGGUUCGACCAAAAAAGACUUGUAUCUUCAAAUUAGUUUUUUAAGAAUAAUGUUUCCAUCCAUACGUUAUCGAAAAAAAAUAUUAUUCUGCGGAAAUACCCAAGACUCCUUGAAAACAUCUCGAAUACGGACGCGAAAACGAUUGUAUUCGCGGAAACAAGUGUCGAUACAAAAUUUCCGGUUUCAUAUGGACAAGGCCUUUUUGAACCAACAUGGAAUUGAUAAGAUUACCCUUUCAAAUCAGAAAUCUUAUGCUGCUUCGCUGUAUCAAUACAGACUAGUGAACAAACACGCAGACUCUUUGUUUGUACKUCAGUGUGAAUUUGGUGUAUCAAAAGCCUUGAAAAUUCAAUUGGAUUUAAUUGUAUGAGAACGCGUAAAAAACAUUAAACUUGUACAUACGUACAUAAGUAGUGAAACCAAGGCUGA